CAACCACCAUGCUCCAAAGGGUUCACAUGUUCCAUAUACAAAUAACCCUAGCAGCAGAUAAUGAAUAAAAUGCAAGGCAAAAAUAACCUCUUAUCACACGAACGUUUGCACGAUUUCGAACUUGAGAUAAGCAGCUUCAGUGAGCUUAGAAAGAGAGACUUAGUGCAAACAGCAAAAAAUAUAUUUAUAUGGGAGGUCAACCUUUAGAGCGUGCGUGCUUGUCUUUGGUUUACUGCUGGACCUGCUAGUCUUAUGCUUAUAGCACUUUUCUAAUCGCUUUUGUGUACAGCCAAGUUAAUGAAGUGACUAGGGUUAGCUGCAAAAAAAUAAUGUCAAUGGAACGCUGAGAGUACUUGUGCGAUGUAAAUACAAUACUACUAGUACCGGACAAAUUUUUCGUACCAGCGAAUUGCACUAACGAAAUGUAAGUUCUCAGUUCUCGUUAAAAACGUGACGCAGCAGCACCGCUCCAGACUAAUGGGAGGCCGACACCUUAGUACCUAUUCAAGUAUUUAAAAAGCAUCAUCAGUCGCCGAGUGUCACGGUUCUGAAUACGAAGGAAAUGGGUAUCUUGGACGAAUUGUAUGGAGCUUUUGAUCGAUCGUUGAUCUUCAGUUGCUGGAAGUAUGUUUUCCCAGUGUUGGUGGUGCUAUAUUUGAUCAUAUUUCUCUAUGAUAAGCAUCGGUACGGUGGUAAGAAGGCAAAAGACGGUUCAACUGCACCAUCAUCGAAUACGGUCAAGGAGAAACUGGAUGGCAUAGAAUAUGUGGGAGAAAUCGACUCGGUCGAAUUCGACCCCACGCCAGUGCUGGAGGACAAAGAACAUGUUUCUUUCAUUGGUGCCUCUGUUACCCUCGACAAGGACCCCCUCAAGGCAGCCAAUAAAUUCUACGAAAUCGUCAACGAUCGCCGGAGCGUUCGCAGGUUCAGCUCCAAACCGGUCAGUUUGGAAAUCGUUCAAAAAUGUAUCCACGCAGCCGGCACAAGCCCUAGUGGCGCGCAUACGGAGCCAUGGACAUUCUGUCUAAUAAUGGACGCCGACGUUAAGUCCCAAAUCCGCGAAAUCAUCGAAGCCGAAGAGUUGGUAAAUUACCAGACACGGAUGUCCAAGCAGUGGACUACAGAUUUGCGUCCGUUAAAGACAAACCACGUGAAGGAGUAUCUCACUGAAGCGCCCUACCUGAUUCUGAUAUUUAAGCAAACGUACGGAUUCAAGGACGAUGGUGCCAAAAAGCAGCAUUACUACAAUGAAAUAUCAACGUCGAUUGCCACGGGGAUUUUAUUGUGUGCUCUGCAGGCUGCUGGGCUGAAUUCGUUAAUCACCACCCCACUGAACUGUGGACCGGCGCUGCGAAAUUUGCUGGGGCGACCGGUUAACGAAAAACUAUUGGUACUACUUCCAGUGGGUUAUGCGGCUGACGAUUGUACCGUUCCGGACUUGCAGCGUAAACCGGUUGAAGAAAUUUUAGUUAAAUAUUGAUACAUUUUUUGUAAAUUUCUAUAGAAUUUUAAGGAUGGCAUUAGGUAGUAAAAUAAACUGGAUUUAAUAAUCCUUAACAGUAAGUUUUCUUCGAUAACUAACAUGUUUUUUUUUUGCGUUUCUCGUACAACAAAUUUGUAUACCGAAAGGCUGUUAUAUGAUCAUUCCACUCCUUAAACGAAUAGUGUUAUUAGACCCAUUCAUAUUGUUAUAGGGUAAGGGAGGUAUUUUGGACCACCAGUUCAACGGCUCAUAUUUUGGACCACUGAGUGCAAAUUCCUCUUGGUGGUUCAAAAUAAGAGCCCCCGCAAGGUUGGUCCAAAAUACAUCCUUCACCCUACGUUAGCUGCGUUGAGGAAUAUGACGUUCAUGAAUUUCAAAAAAUAUUUUACUCGAGGAAAUUC